UUAUUUGCUGUUGCUUAACAUUUUCUCUGUAAUGAAGGCCUCUUGCAUUUGUCAAAAAUUGGAAUUGGCUUGACUGAAAAAAUUCUAUUUGGGGAUAAAAGUCAAACAUAAAUUAAUUAAGAAUUUGCCUAUAAUAAAAUAACAAAAAUACAAACAGCUGACCUGAUCUAAUAAUUAAAAAUAAGAGGUGAAUUAUGCCCUUAACUUGCUAAAUAAAACCCAAAUUCGACAGUCAUUGUUCAGGCUUUAAAGGCGAAACAGCUGUUAUGAAAAUAAGUUGUGACAGUACAUACUAGCUUUAAAUAUCUAUUUCCAGCAAUACUGAAGGUCGUCAUCGAUGUGAGGAGCAACAGGUGAGCUAUCUAUUCAGAAUGGGCGUGUUCGAACACGCCCAUUCAGGAUCCUCCUUUCCUGCAACCCCAUCAUGUGAUCCGGGGCCAACUUCCCUGUUGUUGAAUUGGACAACAAGAACUCCUGCUGCGGUGCUCCAGAAUAAGCUUUUCACAGCAGCCACGAUGAAGACAGUCUGAGGCACAAGAUCUCUAUGGGCAGCCGGAGACAGAAAGCAGUGGAUGAUGGAGAGCAGAGUCUCAUUGGGUCUCCAUCUGCCGCUGGUGGGGAUCUCCCGGACCAAGAUGCCUCCACGCCGGGGUUCGUCUACGUAUUGGCGUUCUUCUCUGCCCUGGGGGGGUUUCUCUUCGGUUAUGACACUGGGGUGGUCUCUGGGGCGAUGCUGCUCCUGAAGGAGGAGAUGAACCUGAACGCUCUGUGGCAGGAGCUGCUGGUCUCCAGCACCGUCGGGGCCGCGGCGCUCUCGGCCCUGAGCGGAGGCUCCUUGAACGGGUGGCUGGGGCGCAGGGUCUGCAUCCUGUUGGCCAGCUUCAUCUUCGGCGUCGGGGGCGUCAUCUUGAGCUUAGCCCCGGACAAGGUGGUUCUUCUCGUGGGCAGAGUCACAGUUGGUUUGGGCAUAGGCAUUGCCUCUAUGACGGUUCCUGUAUACAUCGCUGAAGUUUCCCCCCCUCACAAGCGAGGUCAGCUGGUCACCAUCAACUCCCUCUUCAUCACCGGCGGCCAGUUCAUUGCGAGUGUGAUCGAUGGAGCCUUCAGCUACAUGAGCCAUGACGGCUGGAGGUACAUGCUGGGUUUGUCCGUUGUCCCGGCAGUGCUGCAGUUCGUGGGCUUCCUCUUCCUGCCGGAGAGCCCCCGUUGGCUUCUCUUAAAGGGCCGGAGCCAAGAGGCCCGCCAAGCUCUCAGCCGGAUCAGAGGAGGCCGGAACGUUGACGAGGAGUACGACUCCAUCAGAACCUGCAUCGAGGAAGAGGAGAAAGAGCCGGGUGGAGGAGGCCUUGUUAUUUUGCGGAUCUUUAACCACGGUCCGACUCGAAGGGCUCUCAUCGUUGGCUGCGGCCUCCAGAUGUUUCAGCAGCUGGCUGGGAUAAACACCGUCAUGUACUACAGUGCAACCAUUCUGCAGAUGGCGGGGGUGCGGGAUGUUAAACGGGCGAUCUGGUUGACUGCUGCAACUUCUGCCACCAACUUUGUGUUCACCCUGGUUGGAGUCUGGCUGGUGGAGCGAGUGGGCCGCAGGAAGCUGACCCUGGGCAGUCUCUUAGGUACCGGUCUGAGUCUGACCGUUUUGGCUGUCGGGUUCUUGCUCUCGGCCCAGUUUUCUCCGCCCACCACCCUCCACCCGUUCGACGCUCAAAACUCAACCUGCCGACUAUACGGGUCCUGUGAGUUCUGCAUGUUGGAUCCAGACUGUGGAUUCUGUUAUCGUGAAAACAGCAGCAGAGUGUUCGACUCCUCCUGUGUUCCCGUCAGUCAAGCAUCCACAGAUCACGCCGCCUGGGGAAGGUGUUUCAACCAGACGGAGGAAACUAAGAGCCCGAUGUGGGCCUACAACUACUGUCCGACAUCGUACUCCUGGCUUGUCCUGAUGGGCCUCAUCCUCUACCUCGCCUUCUUCGCUCCGGGUAUGGGCACCAUGCCUUGGACGGUGAACUCUGAGAUCUACCCGCUUUGGGCCCGCAGCACCGGCAAUGCCUGUUCAGCCGGGGUCAACUGGAUCUUCAACGUCCUGGUGUCCCUGACCUUCCUCCACGUCGCUCAGUAUCUGACAUAUUACGGGGCGUUCUUCAUGUACUCGGGCCUGGUGGCGUUGGGGCUCCUCUUCGUCCUGGGCUGCCUCCCUGAGACCCAGGGCCUGCAGCUGGAGGACGUGGAGAACCUGUUCACCGGUCCGCUCUGCUCCUGUGGAUCCUCCUCAUCUACUCACAACCAGGUCCAAUACAUCCGGGUAAACGGCAGCAACUACCUCCCCUCUGACAACGACGCCUCAGAUGUAGAUUAAAGAUUUCUUUUCUCUCUUUCCUCUUGGUGCUUCGGCUUCCUGAUGUGGGGAGGAAAAGGUAACCGUGGUGUCUUUAGGGGGCUGCCUGAGCUCUCCGGUGAUUGGCUAUGACUCUCCCCUUGCUCAUCAUCUUUGUCUCACCUGGGAGUUGGUUACAGACUAUGGCACUCUUAUGGAAAAGUCCUCGAUUAACAAACUGAUCAUCUGUAUUUUAAGGACAUGAACUUUGGGAAAUGGCUUUUGUUUUCCCAGCUGGUAGUAUUUUAGAUUUCCAGUAAAGAGCUCUUUGCAUGACUUCAAGACCGAGCAUCCGUCUUUUGUGAGUGAUUUCGGACUUCAAAAUGUGUUAACCAACGAGAAUGUGUUUGUAUUGUAAUAAGAGACAAACACUAUCAUUGAUGUCUGCCUUAUCUGUACGUUGAGUAGAACUCUUCCUAAACACAUUACUCCCGCUAACAUGGGUUUAAUCUUUUAAUGGGUGCUGGUGUAAAACUCAACUGUUGAUCGUGGGUUAUUGCUAUUGUUUGCACAGUGGAAGGGAUUGCACUUUUUUUUUUUUUUAAACAAAAAAUGUGGCUUUUUUGUCUUUUUUUUUUUAAAAAGAUUUUUUUAUGUGCGCUUGCUAAAACGCGUUGCUCAAAUCUAAAAAAAUUUCUAGCAAGGUGCAGACGUCAGCCCGGCAAACUACGGAGCGGUGGAGUUAGACAGCGCCAUAGCCUAUAUAACUGUAAGUACUGCAUCCAGCUGCUACUAAUACAUAUAAAUAUAAAAAUG